UGACGGCCAGCCAAUCAGCAGCUCCACUUCCUGCAGUCAGCUAUCGACGACGAAUAGAGUUGAUGUGACAACGUAGGUUAAACAUUUUACCAAGUGUAACGUUAAGCGGGAGUUAAACAGUGUAUUAGACUUAACUAACUUAAUCCAAACCAAGUCAGAGAAGUGGUUCGUGGUCACCUACAGCCGUAUAAAAAGCUAGUUUCAGCCUCGUCGCCGCAGAGUCAGCCUAUCAUGUGAUUUUAAACAUGGGGUGGCUGUUGCUCGACUCCUGAAAAGUUCCCGAAAGUUUCGUUUCUAGUUUUUAGAAGUUGGGUUGUUGUUAUCACACGUUGGGACGCCAGUCUGUGGUUUUCAGAUGGAGGUGAACCGUCUGGACUUCUACAUCGGUCUCUCUCUGGCGGUGAGCUCCAGCGCUUUUAUCGGCGCUAGUUUCAUUCUGAAGAAGAAAGGCCUGCUGCGAUUGGUCAGCAAGGGUUCAAUGCGAGCAGGUCAAGGGGGGUAUGCCUACCUGAAGGAAUGGCUGUGGUGGGCAGGACUUAUUUCAAUGGGAACUGGAGAGGCCGCUAACUUCGCUGCUUACGCAUUUGCUCCGGCCACACUGGUGACUCCUCUUGGAGCAUUGAGUGUUCUUGUAAGUGCUGUGCUCUCCUCCUACUUUCUGAAUGAGAGGCUGAAUGUGCAUGGGAAGAUCGGUUGUUUGCUGUGCGUCCUGGGCUCCACAGUGAUGGUGAUCCAUGCCCCACAGGAAGAGGAGGUUGCCUCUCUCAGUGCCAUGGCCGAGAAGCUCAAAGACCCAGGUUUCAUUGUCUUUGCUGUGUGCGUUGUGGGAAGCAGCCUGGUUCUUAUCUUUGCUGUGGCACCGCGGUUUGGACAGAAGAAUGUGCUGGUCUACAUCCUGAUCUGCUCUGUGAUUGGCUCCCUCUCUGUGUCUUGUGUCAAGGGCCUGGGCAUUGGCAUUAAGGAGCUGUUUGCUGGGACAGCAGUGCUGAAGGAACCCCUGUUCUGGUCGUUAGUCAUCUGCCUGGUAAUCUGUGUCAGCGUUCAAAUCAACUACCUGAACAAAGCCCUCGACAUCUUUAACACCUCCAUAGUCACUCCCAUCUACUACGUCUUCUUCACCACCUCUGUCAUGGCCUGCUCUGCCAUCCUCUUCAAGGAAUGGUUGAGUAUGACCACUGACGGAGUAGUGGGAACAAUUAGUGGGUUCCUCACCAUCAUUUUAGGGAUCUUCCUCCUCCAUGCUUUCAAGGACAUUACAUUUAAUGGGGACUCCCUCCCACUCUACCUGAGGAAGGGUCCUCAGAGCUUUCCAUGGGGGCAGCAGCCCUAUGUGGCUCUUCCCAGCCAUGACAUGCAAGCAGAGGAUGAGAUGAAGCUGUCCAGAGAGGGAGGCUCAAAGGGGGGGUGGGGUACACACCAGAGAGCUCCGUAAAGAGGACCCCAAGUCUUGUCAUUACUUUAAAAAUUUCAGUUCUGAAGCUUUAAUGCACAUUACAGCUUUACAAUAAGUUACAAGUUGGUUUACUAACGGAAUUUUGAGUCUGCUUUACAUAAUGCAUUAUGCACUGGAUGAACAAACUUGGCUAAAGUGAGCAUAAUGGUCCUAUCAGCACACUGGAUUCCGUAUGAACUUACACUCUUAGUUGUAGAUUAUAUUACAAGCUUGUGUUUUUCCUUUGGUUACAAAAA